AUGCAUGUAAAUCUUUUAUUGGCAGUGGCAGUACUCUGCAUUACCAGUGUGUGUGGAGGUGAUCAAAUAACCUGCAUACUGCAAGGAGACCCCCAACCUCCUGCUCUCUUCAAGAAAGGAGACUUUAUUAUUGGAGGGGUUUUCUCCAUUCAUAACUAUCUGAGGACAGAGAAACACACCUACACUAGAAGGCCACAGCUACUAGAGUGCAGUGGCAGCAUGGAUUUCAGAGAGCUGCGCUUUGCUCGUGCCUUGGAGUUCGCCACCCAAGAGAUCAACAACAGCUCCGACCUCUUACCGGGCAUCACUUUAGGCUACAGUAUAUAUGACUCCUGUGCCUCUGUGCCCAUGGCAAUAAAAGUAGCGUUUCAGCUUGCCAACGGGCAAGACCUCAUAUUUAAUGACACUGGUUCCUGUGCAAAUUCUGCUGCUGUUACAGCAGUAGUCGCAGAAUCUGGCUCCACACCAACUAUAAGCAUUUCAAGACUUGUCAGUCCUUUUGGAAUUCCACAGGUGAGUCAUUACGCAACAUGUGCUUGUCUCAGUGAUAAACAGCAGUAUCCUACUUUCUUCAGGACCAUCCCCAGCGAUCACCAUCAAGCGGCCGCUUUGGCACGGAUGGUCAGGCACUUUGGAUGGACGUGGAUCGGGGCUGUGCGCAGUGAUUCAGACUACGGGAACAAUGGCAUGACAUCAUUCCUGAAAGCUGCGGAGGAAGAGGGAAUCUGCGUGGAGUAUUCGGAGGCCUACUACAGGACGCAGCCCCGCAGUAAACUCAAGAGAGUCGCAGAUGUUAUCCGCAGGUCAACGGCUCGUGUAGUAGUUGCUUUUCUGGCCCUGGGUGACAUGAGACUUCUCUUAGAAGAACUGAGCCAGCAGCCUCCUCCACCGCUGCAGUGGAUUGGCAGUGAGGCGUGGGUAACAGAGACAGAGCUGCUGCGGUUUAAUAUGUGUAUCGGUGCUGUGGGCUUUGCAGUUCAGCGCUCGGUUAUCCCGGGUCUGCGUAACUUUCUACUUGACCUCUCUCCAGAACAGGUGCUGAAAUUUCCAUUGUUGACGGAAUUUUGGGAGAGCUCAUUUAGCUGUAGUUUUAGACGACAGACAGGUUCUCCAUCUGGUCUGCCAGCAUGUGAUGGCACAGAAGACCUGCGUGCAUUAAAGAACCCGUACACAGACACGUCCCAGUUACGAAUCACUAAUAUGGUCUACAAAGCCACAUAUGCUAUAGCGCAUGCCAUUCAUGGCACUCUCUGUACCGACAAGCAAUGUGACAAAAACAUUAAAGUUGAGCCCCGACAGGUUUUUGAUCAGCUUAAGCGAGUGAACUUCACUAGAAAUAAUUAUUCUGUUUCAUUUGAUGCCAAUGGGGAUCCUGUGGCCAUCUAUGAACUUGUGAACUGGCAGCCUCAGAAAGAUGGUUCAAUUCAAUUUGUAACAGUGGGUCUCUAUGAUGCAUCCCAGCCUAAAGGCCAAGAAUUCAGUCUGAGCAGAGCUGUCAUUUGGAAUGAUGGCAGUGAAAAGGUACCUGCGUCCGUGUGCAGUGCGAGCUGUGACCCAGGCACUAGGAAAGCUGUACAAAAAGGAAAACCUGUCUGCUGUUAUGACUGCAUUAACUGUGCUGAAGGAGAGAUCAGCAAUGAGACAGAUUCUUUAGAUUGUCACAGAUGCCCACCUGAGUACUGGCCCAAUAAAGAUAAUGAUAAGUGCCUUCCUAAACCAGUGGAGUUUCUGUCCUGGGAUGAGAUCCUCGGAAUCAUCCUGGCUGCUUUCUCUAUUGCUGGCUCUUUAGUGGCUUUGAUCAUGGCUUUAGUGUUCUACAAAAACAGGACUUCACCAAUAGUUAGAGCCAACAACUCAGAACUGAGCUUCCUACUGCUCUUCUCACUGACUCUGUGUUUUCUCUGUUCACUUACUUUCAUUGGUCGGCCCACUGAGUGGUCUUGUAUGUUGCGUCACGCAGCAUUUGGGAUCACUUUUGUCCUCUGUAUCUCCUGUGUUCUAGGGAAAACAAUAGUGGUGUUAAUGGCCUUCAAGGCUACACUUCCUGGAAGUAAUGUCAUGAAAUUGUUUGGACCUCCUCAGCAGAGACUCAGUGUUCUUGGUUUCACUCUUGUGCAGGUUGUUAUCUGUGUGCUUUGGUUAAGAAUAUCCCCUACUUUUCCAUACAAAAAUAUGCAACACUACAAAGAAAAGAUCGUACUAGAAUGCAAUUUGGGCUCAGCUAAUGGUUUCUGGGCCGCCAGAGCAAAAUACCAAAAAACACCUAAUGGGUAA